UAUGUUUUCCCUUUCCCUGCUCUCUGCAGGCGUUCAUUUUUAUCGGGGCACUUCUCAUACAUUUCUUCCUCCAUUUCUGGGUUUGAUAACGUGCAAUUAACCAGUGCAAGUGCUUGUCUUUCACUUUCUGAACCAGAUAUCUCUACAUCUUGAGUUUUGACGGAAAACUAAUGCAAUGGCCGGGGAGGGAAACAAUGAAGGAAGACAAGUGGUGAUCAAUGUUACCGGUGAAGAAAAUUCGAAAGGGCCAAAAGGGUCUUAUCCAAGAGAAGCAGAGGCAUUGGACCCUAAGCUUAAUUCUCAAGGUUCACCCAAUGAAGCAUUAACCCAAUCUAGUGGUGUUACUGCUGAUCCUACUCCAAAUAAGCCGAAUAUAGCCCUAGUUGCAGGUAAUGGGCCUCCUCUAAGACGAAGGUCAUUCGCCAAAUCCAACUCAAGAUUUGGAGAACAAUAUUAUGUCCCUGAAUCUGAUCGAAUGGAUGACAAUAAUUUAGCUAAGCAAGAACAAGCUGGUGGUAAUUCACCUCAUAGACUCUCCUCUAUCAUUAAGGCCUCCCCUAAUAACAAGUCGUCUAGAAGUAUUAGGACAGAUUCUGCUGUGUCGAAGACGUAUUCAACGGCCUCUAGAGGCCCCACCGGGGAAGAUGAGAAUGAGGAGAUAAUCAAGAAGGUUAAACUGAAAAAGGAGAAUCUUAAUGGAGUGAAACCCAAGGUUGUGAUUGAGUGGCUUGUAUGUGUGUUGCUAUUGGGGUGUUUGAUAACUAGCUUAACUUUAGGUAAAGAAAAGAACAUCCUUUUGUGGGGUUUGGAAAUUUGGAAAUGGUGUGUACUUGUGGUGGUUAUAAUCUGUGGCUUCUUAGUUACUUCUUGGUUUAUGCUUCUGGUUGUUUUCUUGAUUGAGAUUAACUUUCUGCUUCGGAAGAAAGUUCUGUAUUUCGUUCAUGGUUUGAAGAAGAGUGUUCAGGUGUUUAUUUGGCUUAGCACAGUUCUUGUUACUUGGGUUAUUCUGUUUCAUGAUGUGGAGAGAUCGAAGACUGGCGCAAAAGUUAUGGUUUAUGUAACCUGGACUACUGUAAGCAUAGUCAUUGGGGCAUUUCUGUGGUUGUUGAAGACUUUGUUGUUAAAGAUAUUGGCUUCGAAUUUCCAUAGGAACAAAUUCUUUGAUAGAGUACAAGAAUCGAUCUUCCAUCACUAUGUGCUUAAGACCCUUUCAGGACCACCAUUUAUGGAGAAUGAUGGGAUUCAAAAACCGCCUUCUCAGCUGAUUGUUAGCAAUUCAAAAAAGGGUAAAGAACCUAAAACGAAAAGGUUGGUUGACAUGGGAAAGGUCCAUAGGUUGAAGCGAGAAAAAGUUUCAGCUUGGCAUAUGAAGGUGUUGGUGGACGCUAUCACGAAUUCAGGGUUUUCCACGGUCUCCAAUACAUUAAAGGAAAUUACUUGCGAUGAAGGUGGCGAACAAGAGGAUAAUGAAAUUACCAAUGAGGAGGAGGCACAAUAUGUUGCUCAUCAAAUUUUUGCACAUGUAGCCAAACAUGACAGUAAUCACAAUCGCACUUACAUUGAUGAGGAUGACCUCUUAAGAUUCAUGAUUCAGGAGGAGGUGGAUCUUGUGUUUCCUUUGUUUGAAGGUUCAAACACCAGUAAAAUUGACAGAAAAAGUUUCACACACUGGGUGAUAAAGGUUUACCAGGAUCGGAAAACACUAGUACAUGCUUUGAGUGACACCAAAACAGCUGUGAAGCAGUUGAAUACACUCGUGACGGUGAUCCUGAUGGUUGUUACUUUUAUCAUAUGGCUUCUUUUGGUAGAAAUUGCAACCACAAAACUGCUUUUGCUGCUUUCAUCACAGCUUGUUGUGGCAGCUUUUAUGUUUGGAAAUACCUGCAAGACCAUAUUUGAAGCUAUCAUAUUCGUGUUUGUGAUGCACCCAUUCGAUGUUGGCGACCGUUGUGUGGUUGAUGGUGUUCAGUUGCUGGUUGAGGAGAUGAAUAUAUUAACGACCGUCUUCCUGAAGCUAGAUAAUGAAAAGGUGUACUACCCGAAUUCAGUUUUGGCUUCAAAACCCAUCAGCAACUAUUACAGAAGCCCAGAUAUGGGUGAUACGAUAGAGUUCUCGAUCGAUUUUAUGACCCCAGCAAAGACAAUAGGCAAGCUGAAAGAAGAGAUAAAUAAGCAUCUGGAAUCCAAUACCCUGUGGCAUCCUAACCACCUUGUGGUGGUGAAGGAGAUUGAGAAUGUCAACAAGUUAAAGAUGGCGCUCUUUUGCAAUCACACGAUGAAUUUCCAGGACUUUAGAGAGAAGAACAGGCGACGAACUGAACUGGUGCUCGAGUUGAAGAGGAUCUUUGAGGAGCUUGGUAUACGAUACAAUCUCCUCCCGCAACAUGUGAAUUUCAACCAAGUCAAUCAAGACAGGCCCAAUGCAACAUAUGCGACCUCUUGAUCAUUAUUGCUCAUCUGCUCGAGUGUUUUAUAUCAUAGGUAAGCAUUCGAUCUUUGUACCAACUAGUGAUGAAAUGGGCGUACACUGUAACCAGAGCUUGGGACAAGACACAAGCUCUGUAAUGUAGUGUUCUGUUUUGGUUUCUGUUUAAUUUAACUUAUCAAGUCUAAUGUAGGACGAAUGCUGAUCGGCAUGAUUUUACACGCUGGUGCUCUAUCAUCAAAUGUCACGCAUAACCUCAAGUCAUCAUCAAUUUGAAUUUUGAUGAUUUGAAUUUUGAUGACGGAUGAUAAUGCAUUUUAACAUCUUGGAUGAUUGAGACCA